AUGGAAACGAUUAACGCAAGAAAUAGACUAAGUUUUCGGAGCAGAAAAGGACAGAUUGGUCACAGUGAAGAAGAUAAACAAUAUCAUUUAUCAAUCAUUUCUUACAUUAAUGAAUUAAAUACUACUUGGAAGGCUAUUUAUAAUCGUUUUGCUUCUCGAGCAAUAAAUGAACACAAAAUAUCUGUAUUGUUUCAAAGAAAUAAUGAGAUAAGCCGGGAAUAUAUUCUCGGUGAUACAGUUGAGCAUAUAAAGUUAUUAAAAAGUAAGAAAUUACACUUGCCACAACAGUUCGAUGCUCGUUUACAAUGGCCUCUCUGUUGGUCCAUUCAUCAGGUAGCUAAUCAAGGUGGAUGUGGAUCAUGCUGGGCCGUAUCAGCAGCAUCUGUAAUGUCUGAUCGUUUAUGUAUAGCAACAAAUUACAGCAAUCAAAAGCAAAUCUCUGCAGAAGAUCUCAUAUCCUGCUGUGAGGAAUGUGGAGGAUGCGAAGGAUCGCAUUGGGCAUUGUCAGCGUUCAUUUAUUGGCGAAACUCUGGCCUCGUAACAGGUGGUAAUUACGGAAGUUUCGAAGGUUGUAAACCAUAUGCUACUGUACCAAAUUGUGGUAGUCCAUGCUCAUUUGAAUACUAUCGAAAGAAAGUAACACAAGUUUGUCAAAAAACUUGUCAACCACUUUACGGUCUCACCUAUGAAGAAGAUCUUAUCAGCAGUAUAUCAUUUAUUACUAAUUAUUAA